UCAACUCCAAAAUGUUAUCUCAGUGUCUGUGCCAAGUUUACAAGUGUUUGUUUCUGCGCAACCUAAAACUGAAUUCGAUAAAUGUGGCUACUUUGGCCAGAUGGAUCCAUUCUUCAGCAAAAAAACUUUCUGACUGUGAGUUAAAGGAACAAACCGACCAGAAACGUGAAACUAGAGAGUUGCCUCAAAGUACAGAAAACAAUAAUUUUGGAAGAUUGCACAUACCAGUGAUGCUGGAGGAGGUUGUUAAUUGUUUAUCCCCCCAGCGAGGGCAGCGUUUCCUUGAUAUGACAUUUGGAGCCGGAGGUCAUACUACAGCUCUGCUAGAGAAAGCCGACGACAUUACAAUAUAUGCACUAGACAGGGAUCCCACAGCUUAUAAAAUAGCUCAGCAGCUUUCAGAAUCAUACCCAAAACAGAUUCAAGCUCUUCUAGGACAGUUUAGCCAGUCAGAGACUUUGUUAAUCUCCUCUGGAGUUGAGCCAGGGACUCUAGAUGGAGUUCUUUUGGAUGCUGGCUGUUCUUCUAUGCAAUUUGAUACACCUGAAAGAGGUUUUUCCCUGCAGAAGGACGGACCUUUGGACAUGAGGAUGGAUAGUGACAGGUACCCUGACAUGCCCACUGCUGCUGAUGUUGUGAAUGCUUUAGAUCAACAGGCGCUUGCGUCCAUCCUGAGAACAUACGGGGAGGAGAGGCACGCCAAGAAAAUCGCUUCAGCCAUCGUUCAGGCACGCAGCAUAUACCCCAUCACCAGAACUCAGCAGCUUGCAAGCAUUGUUGCAGGUGCUUUUCCAGCAUCAGCACUGUAUGCACGAAAAGACUUGCUUCAGAGACCUACGCAUGUUGCUACCAAAACUUUUCAAGGCCUGCGAAUAUUUGUAAAUGAUGAGCUCCAUGAACUCCUUAUAGGGCUGAAGACAGCUGAGAAGUUUCUAAAACCUGGAGGUCGCCUUGUAGCCCUCUCCUUUCAUUCACUGGAAGAUCGUAUUAUCAAACGUUUUCUUCAUGGAAUAGACAUGGCAGAAAAGUACAAUCUUGGCUCAAGGCAGAAGAUAAGACAGGCUCUGAAAAAUUGCUCCAAAAAAGAAGAUACACAAGCAUUUCCCUCUGGAAAAUCCAACUCAAAGUGGAUGUUUAUACAGAAAAAAGUUCUCACACCCCAGGCCAAGGAUAUUCAAACAAACCCAAGAGGAAGGUCAGCCAAGCUGAGAGCUGCUAUUAAACUCUAA